CCCUGUUAUAUUUCCAACAUUACUGAUCCAACACCUUUAUGCCCCAGCUGCUCACAAAACUCCAAGAAAUGAUGGGGAGAUCACCAAGCAGUGAUGAGAAUGGCUUAAAGAAGGGGCCAUGGACACCAGAGGAGGAUCAAAAGCUGGUAGAUUACAUUCAGAAACAUGGUCAUGGGAGUUGGAGAGCACUUCCAAAGCUUGCAGGACUGAACAGAUGUGGAAAGAGUUGCCGGCUUAGGUGGACUAAUUAUCUGAGGCCUGAUAUCAAGAGGGGCAAGUUUUCUGAGGAAGAAGAACAAAUAAUCAUCAAUUUACAUGCAGUACUUGGAAAUAAGUGGUCGGCCAUAGCUACCAAUCUUCCAGGGCGGACUGAUAACGAAAUUAAGAACUUUUGGAACACCCAUUUGAAGAAAAAGCUUCUACAAAUGGGUAUAGACCCAGUCACCCACAGGCCAAGAACUGACCUCAAUAUUCUUUCCAAUCUGCCACAAUUGCUUGCUGCUGCGAAUUUUGCCAAUUUGACAAACCCUUGGGACAAUGUUCUUAGGCUGCAAUCAGAUGCCACACAACUUGCAAAGAUUCAAGUGCUGAAUAACAUAAUCCAAGUCCUAAGUGCUAGUCCUUCAAAUAUAGAAGCAAUCAAUCAUUUGGUGUCGUCAUCGAUUCCGGAACAUCAACUAUAUGAGUACUUGCAAAUGAACUCAAAGCUUGAAGGACUUGUCACUGGCUCAGUUGGUUUUCCUACACAAAGCCUUACUCAAAUGCAGGUCAAUCUUCCAAACUUUGAGAUUCCCCAGCUAGCACAACCCACUGCUUCUCAGCCUAUAAAUGGCUUGAAAAAUUGUAAUGGCAAUAACAGUGAUUGUCACCAACUUGGUACCUCAUAUUUCAUCCCACCUCCACCUUCAAAUGCACUUCCUAACUUAGUUUCACCCUCGCCUGAGUGCUCCAUGGUCAGUCAAAUUGAAAACAAGAUUAACCCAAAUGAUAUAUCUAAUCCUUCAUCCACUUCUACCACCUUUGAACCUUUGGGAGAUAUGAUGGAUGAUGAAGCAAGUGAUUCUUACUGGAAAGAUUUUAUUGAACAAGCAUCUUCGCAGCCAUGGCCAAUCUCAUAGAAGGACGCACUUUCCCUUUAUAUUACAAGAGUUAGAUUCAUUUGUAAACCAAAUAUAUACAUGUUGUUCAUUAUAUAUAUGAGCUGGAUUUGCUAGACUUUUGCUAUACCAUAUAUAUAACAUCCCAUUGUAUGAAAGGUACAAUAUCAUUCAUGUAAUCAUUUUCUUACACAGUAUACGUUUUUGUUGUAUAUUAGAUCCUUUGAUUAA